GCUUGCUGCUUGCUACUGUUUGUUUUGUUCUCUCUACUUAGAAGUUUUUAAGCCGGAUCCUUUCACCUUUUUAUCUUGUGUGCAAUUGUUUGCACAUUUGAUCUCUGUAUGCUUAUUUAGUGCCGAAGUGUUCAUCUCAUCAAUUUUAACUGUCUCUAGUUUUAAAAUCGGGCGCUGCAUUGUCAAUUCACCAUUAACCUUGGCAUUCCUUGUUCUUGUGCAUCCUCCAACAGAACAUCUCCUUUACCAACCAGAAAAUAUGGUUCUAAGGUGUUCUUUAUCGGAUUGGGAGGCUCGUCCUGAUUACUUCAAAAGUUUACUGAAUGAAACCAGCAACUGGAAUGACAUUCCUUUGAUUAAUGUCGUGCCAAAUCAUGAGCUCCAAGACCAUCAAUUUGUUCGGUUUCGUGGAAUGGUUCAGCACAUGUACAAUCCUGAAUACUUCAUGGGUAAAUACGAAGUUGAGCACAAUUUAACAAAAGAAAAGCAGCUCAGGUCGGGACGAUACAGGGAUAUUAUCCAGUGCUCUCCUGAAGAACAGUUAGUUGAAAACUUGAAUGAUGCUAUUGAAGAAAGACAAGUGCUUUAUUGUAUUACAACACCUGCACUCAAUGAUUGGGUGUAUGAGCAAGAGAAGAAACUCUGUGGUAGACAAUCGAAUAAUGUGCCAAGUCCUUUUAAAACUCCAAAUACGAGUACAAAGCGUCAGGUUGAAGAUCAAGAACCCAUGGAUGUGGACAGUGCUGGAUCUUCUGAAAGCUCUGCAUCUGUACCCUACAGCAGUGGUUCUACUCACGAAGGUAAAAGACUAUCUACAGACGAAUCCAAAAAAGGUCCGGCAAUUUCUUCCUGCUCAGGUCUCAGUCUCAAUUUUCCCAUUGACGGAGCCACUGGAAUAGCUUGCAUUGUCAAGAUUUAUGAUUCAGAUAGCAGCGACUCUCUAAAGCUAAAUGAUAUUAUUGAUGUAGUGGGAUUUCUUUCGUUAAAUCCUUCACUGGCGUCAUCUUCAUCCAGUUUGGAAACAGAUGCUGAGAAUCCUCCUCCCUCUUUGGUCCCAAGGCUUCAUGCUGUAGCUUUGCAGAAACUCAUGCACAUGAACAUGGUACCCAGUGUAUUUGAUGAUGUGUUUCAAUCUGCUGAAUCAAUGAGGAAGGAACUCCAUUUUGUCUUGAGUCAGAUGUUAUUGGGGGACUCGGUGGCUGCUGAUUAUAUGCUAUGUCACCUUAUUUCUCUAGUGUACAUGCGCAAGGAUGGUCUUGCGUUAGGUCACUUUUCCCUGAAUUUAUCAAACCUCCCACGGCGACCAGACUACACCCGACUUUUAUAUUCUGUGUUGCAAAGAAUCCUUCCAAAAAGCCACUAUCUACCUAUGACUUUGGAAAAUAUGAAUACCUUGUCAUUUGUACCUAAAAUGGACUAUGAGAACAAUCGUCUUUCUUCUGGCCUUCUUCAACUGAGUGACAACACCCACCUGAUUGUUGAUGAAACCAGGCUGGAAGCUGGAAAGCUUGAUGUUUCAGGUGUAGCAAAUGUGCAAGCUCUCCGCACUCUCAUUUCCCAACAAAUUGUGAACUACGAUUUUCAGUACUAUACAAAGCCUUAUGAUGCUGAUAUUCCAGUUCUCAUUCUCUCUGAAGGAAAAUCCCUUUUGCCUUGUGAUGUUCUUGUACCACUUAAAGCAGACUCUGCCAGUUUGAAUACUCUGCCAGAAAUCUUCCAAGCUGCAAACCACUUCCUACGCGAGCCUCUUCUUAGUGCCAUUCGGUUGUAUCUUUGUGGUAUGAGACAUUCUACAUUUGAGUUUCCUGAAGAUCUUCAAAAGAAAGCGCAAGAGGACUUUGUGGCAAUGCGACAAGUGGGUGGCCGUAGUGUUUCAGCUGACGAUUUGCACUUAUUAUUAGUACUUGCAAGGUUGGUGUCUUUGAGCCAUGGUGAAAAAGUGGUGUCUCUCAGUGCCUGGGAAGAGGCAAAAAGGAUGGAAGAAGAGAGGAAACAACGCCUUAGCAAUCAUCUAGCUCAAGCAACACAACCAUCUAAUGAACCAUAAGUUGUGAAGUUAGAAGAAAAUACGAUUUUUGGUGUGGUUAUCUUGGUUGGUUACAUUUUUCUGCAUUUUAAGUUCAAUCCAUAUUCUAACAUGGAGAAUAUAGUGUUUCAACAUCUGGAAAUGAACGCUUUUAAAUUCAAAA